AUGAAUUCCAAUAUACAAGGCCCUCAAAGAAGUUACACGGACGGAUCUAGGUUCGAUAACGAAUCACCUGUACUACCAAUUCUUGAUUUCAAUACAUCGAAAAUUAAUACACCAAUUCAGCUUUUGCCCAUAAAUGUAGUAUUACCAGAAUUAAAAUAUUGGCAAGAGCAAUUCAGUAAUACGAGUGAAGAAGACAUCUGGAAAAGAAGGAAUUUAAGGUUCCAACAACGGCAUCAGCUUAAACCAUUAAUUCGACCAAAUAGACGCCAAGACAGAACUCCACACUUGAAGAGGGAUUCCAAAUUGAGUACUGAGACCAAGAUGUCAAAUUUCGGCGAAUAUAUUAAGGAUAUGAAAUCACACGGUCAUACACAGAUAUUAAUGAGAACUCGUGUGAUAACUGAACUAGGAAUUACAAGGGCUAAAUUGCAAUCACCCACUUUGAUCAUGAAUAAUUGGGGUGGAACUAUGAACAGCAUUCAGGUACAAACAAGGGCGCUAAGUUUGGGCCAGGAGACUUUCAGAACGGAACAUGCACUAAGCUGUCAACGAACGACAAGGGAUCAGGUAAUUGAACUACAUUUUGGUCCCGUGAGUCAGAGCCCAGCCGACUACCAGUUUGCAGUGUAUUCCACAGCGGUACGCCAACCUCACGGCGGCUACCGCUGGUUCCACUAUGUAAAAGGAGCUACCUACGUGAAUUUGGCUAUAUUCCUCCUCGGAUCAGACUUUAACUAUUCUAUCAACGACAACCUAGUAGAACCUACCAUAGGCAAUGAUCUCAAAGUAAUUUCUGCCAAAAAAAGGUGCAUCAGCCGGCUAAGGUCUCACGCAAAGAGCUCCAUGAUAGCUAAUCCAUGCCCCGGCAAUAACGAUACCGGCGGCAGCAUCAUGGAGAUCCAGCACGUACAUCCCAAACUAUACAAACUACUCCACCAUCACACCUUCCUGCAAUUGUAG